AUGGGCAGAGAGUCCUGUGCAGCACCGAGAAGCCAGUGGAGAGCCAAGAGGCCAACGGAGAGCCGAAAUGCCUGUGGAAACCCAAGAGACCUGCCAAGAGCUGAGAGGCCUGCCCAGAGCCGAGGAGUCAGCAGAGAACCAGGCUGGCAGAGAGGCCCAAGGAGACCCAGGCUAGUAGAGAAGCCUGUGGAGGGCGGGGAGGCUUAUAGGAAGGAGGAAGGAGGAAAAAGCAAGAAUAGAGAACAUAUUUUCCUAACACUAGAAGGAAUGUCUCCAUGGUUAAUGACAGUAAUAUUCUUAAUAGUUGGAAGGACUUGUGGAAUAUCGGUGACCCAGAAGGAAAGCCGCAUAUCUGUGUUGGAAGGGGCUUCCAUGACCAUAGACUGCACUUAUACAGCAACAGGGUACACUUAUCUCUUCUGGUAUGUCCAGUAUCCUGGAGAUGGUCUCCAGCUUCUCCUGAAAGCCAUCACAGCCAAUGAGAAGGGAAGCUAUAAAGGAUUUGAAGCCAGAUAUGACAGAGAAAACACCUCCUUCCACUUGAAGAAAGCUGCAGUCCUAGAGUCAGACUCGGCUGUGUACUACUGUGCUGUGAGUGACACAGUGGCAGAAACCACAGGGGGAGCUAAGCACAAACUGAGGGACAGCAGAGGUUUGGCAGCUGAACAUCUGCCCUUCAGAUUGUUGUGGUUUCAGCACAGUCUUAGGUGUGUGCCUUCACUUACCUCCUGA